AUGCUGCACGAGGACGGGCACACCUUUGUGGCCGAGGAGGGGCCCUACUCGGCGUCCACGUCAAACCUGCCGGUGCUGCAGAGGGCGGGCGGAGCCCAUACGGAAUGGUUUGAGCCUCCAGUCGGCCCCAUCCUGCCGCUCUUGCGCCGCCAGCUGGACGGCUACACUUUCAGGCAGCUGCCGCGCUUCAUCGACGAGGUCAACGGCAAGAUCGACAUUGUGCAGUCCAUGGCCAUCCUGCGCCACGUAGCGCGCAAGUUUUCCCUCUACGGCGGCGACGAGGAGGAGUCGGCCUUUGUCGACAUGGUCGUGGAGGGUGUGCAGGACUUGAGGGCCAAGCUGAAGGCUUACUGGGUCAAUAAGGGCGCCCCAAACGCUACUGCUGACUACGUCGCCACUUCGCUCGCGUCCGAGUCCGAUGUGGUCUCGGAGGGCUUCCCUCUGAAGGGCCCGGGGCUGGCCUGCCUCGAGCGCCUGGCGGUGGACAAUGCAGACGAUGGCCCGUGGCUUGGGGGCUGCUCUAAACUGACCAUCGCUGACAUCACCGCCUUCGACCUGGUGGAUAUACACCUGGCAUUGCCCGACCUGUCAGGGGUCGUGAAGAAGCGCUUCCCGGCGCUUGUGGCGCACCACCGCCGCGUCGCUGGCCACGCAGGCAUCAAGGAGUACCUGGCAUCAGACAACCGCCACCAGUACAUCUUUGCUGACGACUGGAGACGCACCCACUUGAAGGUGCAGGAGUAG